AUGGUUGCAAAAAAACCACAAACAAAAUUAUUUCGGACUGUUUUUAAACGGGCUGAAGUAUUACAUGCUAUCUAUAAGCGUUCGUGGCAAAAAAAUGCUCGGCAAAAAAAAGUGACCGAUACAAGUGGUCACAAAAAAUCACCAUCGGGUCAAAAAGUAACCACCAAGGCAAAACCAGCUCAAACUGAUUUAGGUCAAACAGCUAAAUCAACUUGA